UAUGAUACGAAAGUUGAAUGCCCUUCCGGGCUUUGAUACUAGAACUGGUACUUACAUCAAAGUGUCAAUAGCACAAUCAUUACAAGAAAUUAGUGGCGAUUAUAAAGCUAAAGAAAAGUGUAAAAUGGAAUAUUCUCAAUUUCUACCUAAAUUUAACGAUGAUUUUACUAUUGGAGAGUUUAUUAAAAUUCAAGGAUCACUGUUUAAAAUGGAUAGUAAGACCGCUUUAGUUUGCGCUAAGAAUAUCCGUAAAAUAUCUGAAAAGGAGGUAGAGCAACAUUUAAGAAUUGCAGAGAAACUAAAAAUAGAUGUUUAUGAUAAGGAUUUUAUUUUAAGAGAAGAACUUGAUGCGUUUAAUAAUUUAGAGGGGCUAUUUAAAUUUCACUUUGGAUCGAAAAUAUUAAAAUUCAUUGAAGAAGAGAUUACGUCCUUUAAGACAUUUGAUGAUGAACUAAUUAUUGGAAAUUUACUUUGUAAGGAUACAAAAAAUCGUGCUGUAGAAUACAUUCAAUCCGAAAGACAAUCAUUUCGUGUUUAUAACUCUGGAAACAAUAAUAAAGAUGAUAAUGAUAGAGUUACAGAGCUAUUUAAAGAAAUCAUUCAAGAUGCUUUAAAACAUCUGCUGGAGGAAGGAAAAUUGUAUAAAAUUUCCGAUUCGGAAUUUCUUACUACUAAAAACGAUAAAGUCCUUUAUAAGCAAAUAAUCGACUGUCUACCUGCUAGUAAUAGUAAGGAGGGGAUUCAUUGGAAAUCUAUAAUGGCAAAAAUAAAAAAUUACAAUUUCUACAUUACUAAACAAGCUCUACUAUAUGCUUUAGACGACCUUGUACAAUCUGCAACGAUAUUUCCAUGUACAAACCACAAGUACAAGUUGGUCUAA